AUGGCAAGUGGCAAGCGCCGAAGGGUGCUUCAAAGAUGCACAUCUGUAGAACAGGAGCCUGACUGCGAGGCGUGUGACUUGUCAGCAGCACCUCCUGGUCUUCGCUGCAAGGACGAUGUUGUGGAAUGGCCUUUAGAUGUUGUGAAGUCAUUGUGUGGUGCUGGCAAUGAAGAAUGCCAGCUACGAUUGCGGAAUCAUGUCUUGAAAGGGAUGGUCUUGACCACAGAUUACAGUGGUUUGGACUGUCCAAGAGAAGCCCUGCAGAUGGGCGUCCGAGCACUGCAGCAUGUCAUGCACAUGGAGCCGGCUGGGGAGGUAGUGCAUGUUGGUCGCACAUGUGACAAAGGCUUGCUUCAGAAGCGAGUGCAGGUGGAGCUAGCUCGCAGCAUCGAGGCCGUUUUGCAGGAUCAUGAGAGGUGCCAUUUUGAAGACAUUUUGCAUCGUCUACCCCAGUCUGGUCAGGAUUGGAUUGCAGCAGCUUCCCCUCAGAAGGGUGCUAACAAAAAGGAGCGUUCAGAUGCGUAUGCUGCCAUCGCAGACUGGUUGAUGCAGAACCGGUCGUGGCUUUUCAGCGAGAAUGCCACAGCUUUUUGCUGCGUGCAUCAGAGGCACUGCCCCGUGCACCAGUGUCUGCUUGGAGACAAGGAGCAGCGCUUGAGGAUCAACGUAGCCGGGGUAACAUGCCACGCGUGGUCAAGUGAGGGCUUGCUUGAGGGAACUUCGCAUGAGUCAGAAAUACCUCUGGCAGUAUGGUUGACUGAGCGCAAGUUCAUGUUCGAGGCCGAGUUGGAGGACGUUGCUUUCUUGGAGUGUACUCCAAGAUUCCCGGCCCAGGAACGUUUGGAGCGCGUGCUCGGGGACAGUGCGAGUGUCUUUGCUUGGCACGAUGGUCCCGAGUGGCAUGGUUGGCCACAUAGACGCCGUCGGGUGUUGGCUGUGGCAGUCAACAAGCGCACUGCUGCCUGGGUGGGGGAGACAGACCUCCGCACUCUGCAGGAAGAGUACGCUCGCCGGUUCUACCGGCAGAUGUGCUCCACUGGCGAGUUGCUCAUGUUGGCGAGCGAUGAAGAGAGGAUCAGGGAGAUGACAGCAAUAGCUGUUGGGCGCAAAAACAACGUGAGUACCGAGGCCGUGGCCGAGCUUGUGGAAAAGCGCGACAUGGACCAGUUGGCCUGCUUGUUGUUCCCGCCAGGUGGUGUUCGACGCUUGGCAGAGUGGCAGGAUGUUUUCCUGGAGAAGAAGGCCGAAGCCCCCCGCUUGCGAGCCUUUCUCUGUGAUGUGGACCAUGCUGUCGGACCAUGCGGAGGUGAGCUGUGGCCAACACAGUUGACCCACGGCUCCAUCAUCUCCUUUCAGCAAGGAGACGAAGGGGGUGGCUCCAAGCCGCCGUGGCGUUUGGCCACCUCGCGCGAGCAUCUCAGUGCCUUGGGUUGGAGGAUGCAUGGUGGUUCGAAUCUUUUCCCAGUUUCCCACAUGGCUACGGUGCUGCAAAACUUAGAGCUCACUCCAGCCCAAGUGAAAGUCCUCGCUGGCAACUCCAUGCACCUCAGAACCCAGAUGGCUUUCAUGCUGUAUGCUUUGGGCCAGAUCAUCAAGAAAAAUCCCGGAGCUUUGACGCUCACACGAAUGUCAACCUGGAUGGAUGAAGCCGAUGAUGAGGACGACGAGGCACUGAGCGACGGCCCUGCUCGUGGGCGGAGUCGUAAGCGGCGUGUCUCGGGCGGCGGUGAUGAUUGGAGAAGCGGUCGGGGCCGGGGAGGUCGCGGUCGUGCCGGUCGCGCCAGGGCCAAAGCCAAGCAGCACGAUAGGGACAAAACCUGCUUUGCUGCAACAUGCGAAAAGAAAGUCAAGCCACACUCGAAGUUUUGUGGCGAUCACCACAAGGACGCGGAAGCUAUCAAAUACCAGGCAAGGCAGAAAAAGAACCCAGAGAUCACCGCGGCAGUGGAGGCUGCUUUGAGCGAUCCGGCUAAGGCCCAGCUUGCUCUGGAUGACUUCCACAAGAACAACCCCAGUGGUAAGUUCCGAAAGUCUUUGAUCGACUGGACGCAGUUUCAACAGACUUUUGGGAAAAGGGCCGAGUUUCGCGUGCGCAACAAUGAGGAGCAGAUGGACGUCACUGACUAUGUGCAGUACCAGAAGGGCCGUGGGUACACGGACGAGGAGGCUCUGCAGAAAUGGAAGGACCUCCUUGAGACAGAUGUUGAACGAGAAGGUGAAGGAAUCGACGUCAAGGUCUGGGUUGUUCGCAACAAGCAGCGCUUCCGAGACAACAUUCGCUUCAACCAGAGCUCUCUGGAGGAAGCUUCCAAGCAGGUGAAGGGCAUGGCAGAGAGCGACAGGCAGGACCUUCUUGAGCACGUGAACAAGCAGUGCGAUUCGUUUGCUGAUCCCUGGUUGCGUCGAGGUGCAGGUCAACAGAGCGACGAGCCAGAUUGUGCCAUCGUGCAGGCAGCUUGCGUGGCAGUCAAGGAGGUUUUGGAGUUGGCCAGCAGCAAUGUCAGCGACGAGAAGUUGCAGCGGGCAUAUGAAACCAAUUGCGUGGUUCGUUUGCAUGUGCUGCAGAUUUGGCUAGCAGACUCUGUGCAAGACAUUCCAACGCAGAGGGCUUUGCCGUCAGCUUCUUUGUCAAGUGCCUCUGUGCAACCAGCUUCCGCGGCGGAGGCCUCCACGGCCACGCAGUCGGAGGAGCAGAAGAAGGAGACGGCUCAGGAUGCGGAUAAGGCUGAGGCUGAGAAGGCAGAUGGCGGCGACGGCGACACCAAGCAGAAGUCUGAGGAGCUUGAGAAGGCCAAGGACUCCAAGGACGUCCCGACGGAGACGAAGGAUCCACCGGCCGAGGCAGUUGAUGGUGACGCUGCCAAUGGCCCGCCUGCAGAUGCUAAGUCUGUGGCUUCGAGUACUCCUGUGAACACUGUUGCCAAGAUUACCAGUGCUUUGAAGAAGGCCCUGGAUGCUGGGAAAUCCUCUGCUCAGCACGUCAAGGACAGCAGCCAUGUCAUGUGUCGUGCACAGAUGGAAGAGGUCCAUCGAAGCUUCUUGGACUGCGAGACCGUGGAGGACUUGAACCAGCAGGUUGAAGUCCUGAAGAAUGCAGCCGCAGUGGUGAAGCAGCUCAAGGACGGUGCCAGCAAGGCUGCUGGCAGUCUGAAGGCACACAUACUCAAUCGUCAGAAGGCUCAGAAACGCAAGCGAGUUCAAGAAGAGAAGCAACAAGAGCAAGUUGAGAUGUCUGCCAAAAAGAGGGAGGCUAAGCAAGCCUUGGAGGAGGUGAAGAAGCAGGAGACGACCCUGCCGCCCAUUUUCAACAUCGACCUUGACAGUUUGAAGAACGAUGAAGGCGGCUUGGUUGGCAAGCCUGUGACGAUCCUGAGCGGCCCCGGCAAGGGCUCCAUCAACUCCGUGGACACACCGUGCUGCAUCACGAGCUUCACAGCCCUGACCAAUUUCUUGAAGAACCCGAAGGUUCAAGUCAUGCUCGGUGGCUUCGGAGGCUCUUACAAGAAGGCCGCAGCUCUGAAAGCAUCGGGGAAAUGCCAGGAGUUGAUUCAGAAGGGCAAUGGAAUGGAGGAGUGCGAGACUCUCUUCAAGGAGGUGGGCGAGCUCUUCAAGGAGGCUUCCUUCACCAGUCCUGGAGCUGGCGACAUGGAGCGCUACCUCACCAACAUCCUGCAGGCGAGCUGGCUCUUCGGGUAUGAAGCACAGUCGGCACAUCUGAACCAGCUUCCAAACGGUUUGGGGUGCUUUCGGUUGCUGUGUUCGGGCGAGAUUGCUUGGACGCUGUAUGAUCUCAAGAAGCUUGUGCCAGCGAUGAGGGUCAUGCUCAACAAGGACGACAUUGGGGGCUUGGAGGGCGUGUCAGUCUUCUUGAAGGGCCUCAAUGACCGGGAUAUGAUCACACUCGCGUCCCAUGGAUGUGCUCCUCAGUGGAUCCUUCAGAAGGAGGGGCAGAUUCUUUUCAUCCCAGCUGGGUUCGUCGCUACUGAGCAUUGCAAGCGCGGUGUGUUGGUGUAUGGCAUCCGAAAGACGUUGCUGUACGUUUCACAAGAGGCCGCUGACAGCUACAAUGUUUUGAUCAGCUUGCAUGAGGCUUCAAAAAAGCCUGUGGACAAGUUGAAGGCGACGGCUUGCUUCUUGAAUCCUCCCGAGGUGGAGUGA